CCUGCACUUCCCCUCCUCCGAGCAGUCUCGUUCUGUCUGGCCCCGGGGCCCCUAGGAGGACGGCCAGGGCACCGGCGACCCCGCGGCUCCAGCUGAUGUCCCGGACAGGCGCCUCUCUCUCAGGGAUGGCGGAGGGCGGCGUGGCGUACCCCCAGGUGUUCGUGGUGGAGAACCCCGGCGCCCUGGCGCCUGCGCCGCUGCCGGCCGAGCCCCGCCCGCGCCGGACCAGCCUGCCGCAGAGGCUGCUGUACCUGCUGGUGACGCUGGCGCUGUGUGGGGUGGCCGUGGAGGCCUUCUUCAUCGCCCGGCUCUACGCCCGACCCGCUGUCCCCUCUGACACUGCCACACAUGCGAAGCAGCAGGGAGGACAGGGAGAUUCUGGCUUAGAUAGGAAGAGUUCUGAAGACGGAAAGGAAGUGGAAGUCUCCCCGACGAAGAGAACCAGCCCUGUGGUGAAGCCUCAGAAACCUUCAGCACACCUCACAGACGCCCAUUUCCCCGCCCCGGACGACGAGGGGGUUCUGAGGUGGGGGCUGAACGGGGACGCCUUUACCCACGAAAUCAAGCACGAGGGGAGCAGGCUGCUGAUCGUCAGGGAGGGCUACUACUACAUCUACUCCAAGGUGUUCUUCACCGAGCCCAGCUGCGCCAUGUUCAAGCACUUGGUCCUGCGCAGCACUCAGAGAUACUCCAAGCCCAUGGAGCUGAUGAAGUCCAAGCGCUUCUCCUGCAGCUCCCCCAAGCAGCCGGAGGUGCUCAACAGCUACCUGGGUGGGGUGUUCCACCUGUACGCCGGCGACUCUGUCUCUGUGAAGGUGGAGAAUCGCACCCUGGUCCGGCACCAGGACACCUCAGACAACUUCUUUGGGAUGUUUAUGGUGUAA